AUGCGGAGGCAACCACGGCUAUGCUCUCGGUUCGCCGUUGAGAUUCCCAACAGUCAAUGGCUUCCGCACCGGCUCCUCCUUGUGCGGCACGGAGAGUCGGAGGCAAACGUCGACCGCUCUCUGUAUAGCAGAAUACCCGACUGGAAGAUCCCGCUGACCGAACGUGGUCGAGCGCAGGCGUUAGACUGCGGUCGUCGCCUUCGAAAUAUCAUCAAGAAUGAGAAACUUUAUAUUUAUUACUCGCCGUACAUUCGCACCCGGCAGACGCUGGCAGAGGUACGGAAGAGUUUAGAUGAAUCCCAGGUGCAGGGGGAGCGCGAGGACGAGCGACUGCGCGAGCAGGAGAUGGGCAAUUUUCAGCCGUUGGACACAAUGGAUCGAACGUGGAGCGAGCGCAACGAGUUUGGUCGUUCGUACUACCGCUUCCCUGGGGGUGAGAGUAGUGUGGAUGUCGGCGACCGCGUGUCCACAUUUUUUGACUCCCUGUUUCGCGAGCGGCUGGAGCUCCACUCGCUUUCCGCGAGAGACCCUGAUGAACCGCUCACGCUGCCGGGGGAGGAGGACCAAAAUGUCGUGAUCAUCUCGCACGGUCUCCUCAUUAGGCUCUUCAUUGCCCGCUGGUUCCGCGUGCCGGUGGGGGCCUUUGAAACAAUGCGCAAUCCUCCCAACUGUUCCAUUGUAGUGCUGGAACGGCGCGACUCGGCUCGACUUGUUAUGACUGACAUCAGCAAGAAGCUCUUUGGCAGUGACCCGCUGCUGGAAAUGAUGAAGUUCGAUGGCAAGGACUGCACCAAACGGUACCGUCAUAUGUUUUUUUCGGACCACCCGGACUCAUUUACCCCCGCAGAGGGGUUGUAA